AUGCUCAAAAGGGCAAGGCAGGUUUCCCAAUACAUGGGGGUCAUCGUUGACCGGUUCGGCGCUACUGCUUGGCCAACGAGAAGGCUCAUGCCAAGGCCGAAGGCUUCAAGUAGAUGGGGAAAAAACAAAGAGAAUGUCAUUGGCGAUCAAAUGACAGAUCUUCAACUUGAUUGGGAAGAUGAAUGGCCUCUCGUUGGAGCUAGAAAAGACCAACGAUGGUGA